CCUGUGUGAUCUGUUGGCGUUCAGAGUGACUGACUGGAGACAUGCCUCCGCGGGGAUUCCUGCUACAGAGUCGAGGCUGUAAAAUGAUUGUCCUCCUUAGUGUCUAGCAGAGUUCGAGAGGCAAAUACAAGGAGGAGUGAGAGUGAAAAUCAGGAGAGGUCAGAGACUAGUCUAGUGUGAGUGUGUUUUUUCUUUCCCACUGUGCUUUUGCGUGAGGUUUUCCUGUGAUUGUUGAGAGGCAGCCCUUCGAGGGAUCCUGCUCUUGGCGUAAACAUGUCAGUCUGCUGCACUGUAGCUGUGGCCACAGCUAAAGCUGGGGCUUAGAAUGACUGGCUGUUUGGAGCUCCAGUUUGAGCAGCUAACCAGGGAGCUGGAAGUUGAAAGGCAGAUUGUGGCCAGUCAGCUGGAACGAUGCAGACUUGGAACCGAGUCACCAGGCGCUGGUAGCAGCAGCUCGUCUGAGAAGUCUCUACCUUGGAGAACUGCAGAUGCCUCCGCCUCAGGGGACGCCAAGUCUCGGGUGACUGACAGCUCCCAGUUGCCCAGCUACCACAUCAGGACUGCGUCAGAACAGGUGUCGAUGUACACCCCGGAGCAGUCCUCCCUCCAUGAAAGUGAGGAGUCCACAGGGAAUUCACGUAGCUCAACUCAGAUGAACUCGUACUCGGAUAGCGGCUACCAGGAUGCCAGCAGCCAGAACCUAGGUGGCAAGGCUGACCUGAGGAUGCAGCACUCCUUCCCUGGCACCGGCACUGGCACCCUGAUGAGGAAUACCAGGGCUGAGGGCCAGGCUUCAACCCAGGUUUUGACAGUCACGACAGCAGUGCCUGGCCGGGCUAUGAGAAGGGUAAGCUCAGUGCCUUCUCGCUCCCACUCGCCAGCCUAUGCCAGCAGUAUGUCCCCCUCCCGUGGCUCCCUGCGUACCUCAGCUGGUAGUGCCUACGGCUCACCCAUUGUAACCGAACCCAAACCCCUCUCCAGCAUCUUCUCUACAACCUUGCCCUCUGCACAGCGCAUCAGUACCGGCAGCGGCUCACCCUACUCAACCCAGAGAAACUCCCCUGCUGCUUUGCGGCGCGUGGUCUCAACGAACUCACGGUCAGGCAGCGCCAGCCGCACAACCUCGCCCUAUCAAGCCUCUGCAGGGUCAUCAUCGGGCCGCAUGGGCUCGCCUUUGACAAUGGUAGACAACAUCAGCCCUCCACUGACCAAACAGCCUGCUCACUCAUCGUCUCCAGUCAGGACGAGUAUGACUGCUGUGCCCCAACACUACAGCUCCACUCUGCCCCGCUCCGUGCUCCACAACACAGACCCCUAUGGACCCCAGAGUUACGACAUUUAUGAGAGGAUGGCGCGACCUGACAGCCUCACAGAUGCCCUGGUUGACGAUGACGUUCAAGGAAUACGGAGCUCAUAUGCCAGUCAACACAGCCAGCUGGGCCAGGACUUAAGGUCAGCCAUGUCCCCAGAUCGCCACAUUGCACCAAUCUAUGAGGAGCGGACGUUCCAGGGUGCGUUGUACCGCAGCCCCAGCCACACCCAGCAGGGUACCCUCUACAGGAGCACCUCGGGUGUGGGGAGUCUCCAGCGGACAUCAAGCCAGCGUAGCACCAUGACCUACCAAAGAAACAACUAUGUUCUUAGCACAGCAGCCACCUAUGCUGAUCCGUAUCGCUCUGCCCAGUACCAGCCCUCUGAUCCCAGCUAUCCUCACCAGGCUAUUGUCAUGGCUGACGGUGCGCCCCGCUCCCCCUCCAUAGACAGUAUUCAGAAGGAUCCCAGGGAGUUUGCGUGGCGUGACCCAGAGCUAACGGAGGUGAUUCACAUGCUGCAGCACCACUUCCCCUCAGUGCAGGCCAAUGCGGCCGCCUACCUGCAGCACCUGUGCUUUGGCGAUAAUCGAAUCAAGGCUGAGGUGUGUCGACUGGGCGGAAUCAAACACCUGGUGGACCUACUAGACCACAAGGUCCUUGAGGUACAGAGGAAUUCGUGUGGGGCUCUGAGGAACCUUGUUUUUGGCAAAGCAUCAGAUGACAAUAAGAUUUCUGUGAGGAACGCUGGAGGCAUCCCGGCUCUGCUCCGGCUGCUGAGAAAGACUGUAGAUGCAGAAGUACGGGAGCUCGUCACAGGUGUGCUGUGGAACCUGUCGUCGUGCGAUGCCGUCAAGAUGACAAUCAUUCGGGACGCCUUAACGACUCUGACCAACACUGUGAUCAUCCCUCACUCUGGAUGGAGCAGCUCCACCUUCGAUGACGACCACAAGCUGAAGUUUCACUCCUCCUUGGUGCUGAGGAACACCACAGGCUGUCUGAGGAACCUGAGUUCAGCUGGUGAGGAUGCCAGAAAACAGAUGCGCACUUGUGAGGGCCUGGUUGACUCCCUGCUGUACGUCAUCAAAGCCUGUGUAAACACCUCUGACUUUGACAGCAAGAUUGUGGAGAACUGUGUUUGCACUCUAAGGAACCUGUCGUAUCGUCUGGAACUGGAGAUGCCACCAUCCCGGCUGACUGGGGGACAGGAGGUGGAUGGCUUACUGGGCAGCGAGUCGCCCAGUAAACAGGUGGAGUCCAGCUGCUGGGCAAGGAAGAAAAAGAAGAAAAAAAAGAGCUUGCAGGAAGACAUAUGGGACGGUGUGGGACCCAUCCCUGGCUUCUCCAAGUCUCCCAAGGGGGCAGAGAUGCUGUGGCACCCUGCCGUGGUUAAGCCUUACUUGACACUGCUGGCUGAGAGCUCAAAUCCUGCAACAUUGGAGGGCGCCGCUGGGUCCCUUCAGAACCUCUCAGCUGGAAACUGGAAGUUUGCAGCAUAUAUCCGUGCAGCAGUGCGGAAGGAGAAAGGACUGCCCAUCCUAGUGGAGCUACUGCGAAUGGAUAAUGACAGGGUGGUGUGUUCAGUUGCCACUGCUCUGAGAAACAUGGCGCUGGAUGUCAGGAACAAGGAGCUCAUAGGGAAGUAUGCGAUGAGGGACCUGGUCAACCGUCUUCCUGGGGGAAACACCACCUUGCUGUCAGAUGAGACCGUGGCAGCCAUCUGUUGCACCCUGCACGAGGUCACCAGCAAAAACAUGGAGAACGCGAAGGCCUUGGCCGACACAGGUGGCAUCGAGAAGCUGGUCAACAUCACCAAGGGCAGAGGAGACAGGUACUCUAUGAAGGUGGUUAAGGCAGCUGCUCAGGUGCUGAACACACUGUGGCAGUACCGGGAUCUGCGUACCAUCUAUAAAAAAGAUGGAUGGAACCAAAACCAUUUCCUCACUCCUGUGUCAACACUUGAACGCGACAGGUUCAAGUCUCAACCCACCCUUCCCACCAGCAUCAUUCAAAUGUCCCCAGUCAACCACCCUGCUGCCAGUGCCACAUCAUCUCCUGCGAUACUGGGCAUCAAAGAGCAUAGAGACAAUAGCAGAGAUUAUCCAAGAGCACAGUCAACUAUGCAAUUUUAUAAUUACCAAGGGGACAGCAGUGUGCAUAAAAAACAGUAUACAGGGUCUGGAAAGACGACUUCAUAUUACUACUCACCUACAAGAGAGGAGCCCAGAAGAACACAGCCCAUGUAUUAUACAGAGGAGCCGGGCAGGAGGAACUAUGAUACAUACAGGAUGUACCUGCAGCGUCCUCACGGGUACGAUGACCCCUACCUGGAGGAGGUCAUCACCUACCCACCUACUGUUGACUACAACUCCCAGCCUCAUGGACUGAAAUCCACCACCAAUUACGUGGACUUUUACGCUAGCACACGGAGGCCUUCCUACAGGGCAGAGCAGUAUCCCGGCUCUCCUGACUCUUGGGUAUAGGUCUGCACAAAUACCUGUGUUACGAUCAAGAACCUCUUUGAUCCCUGGUUCUCAUUUCACGGUGUGAGAGAGGGCAUAGCCGCCCCGCAGCAGACGAGAAGAGCACACAAGAACUAAUCGUCUUUACCUUGAACUUGGCUUUAUAAGCGUGUUUGUUUUAAAGUGAAUGUGUGUAUGGAGGGAGAAGUGAGAUGGCAGAUGGAAACCUGGGAUGUGUGCCAAAGAAGGAAGCUGAGGAAUGUCUUUUUAAAUUAUUUUUUUAUUUAGUAGAAGAAGAUGGAAUCAUGCUGUUGAAGAACAAAACUGGACACUACCGUAAGAAGACGUGCGCCCUGCUCUGUCUAGAUGUUAAUUUUUUUAUGAGCUUAGCUGUGAUAGCAUGGUGAAAGGUGUGAGCGAGGUGUGAGUCAUGUGAGCGAAGGUCCACGGUACGAGUCAAGAUGGGGAAUCUGUAGGUGCUGAAGCCAAAAUGGAUCAUGAACUCAUAUCUGUAAAAAAAAAAGAAAACAAAAAUAGAAACUAGAAAACUUACGUUAGAUUAUACAGAGGGAUCAAAUUGUAUCUGUAUGUACUGUUGAAGUUGUGUAAUGCCAUGGAGUCUUGUACAUUUCUUUAAUUUUAUUGUACAUACAGAAGAAAACAUGUUACCUGGUUUACACUCAUUAGCACUGGUUAAAAAAGUAAACUUGUGCCAUGUUAAAUCUUAGAUAUAUAAAUAUAUGAAGAAAUAUGUGGACAAAGGUGGCAACAUAACACAAACAUGUUAAAUAAUAAAAGGUCAGUUUU